GUCAUUCGACGCCGGCCUCUCAUCCACCGAAGAUGUACGAUGAUCGGUGGAACUUCGAAAAGAAUCAUGGGUAUCGGUAUAGUUAUUACAGGAGGAAUAAUAUUAGCCAUCUCCUUAAUAAUGGGUAUAGAAUUUCCAAAGUUCGCUUAUAGAAAAAAUGUUGAAUUUCUCUGUAUAUACAAUGAUAAACAUGAAUACUAUAAUCAAUGGCUGGAGGACGAUGAGUUCAAAAGGCAUAAUCUAGUCUAUUUUUGGAAUAUUACUAAUCCAGAACAAGUAAUUAAUGGUUUAGAACCAAAUUUACAGGAUAUCGGACCAUAUUUUUAUAGACAAUUUUCUUUUAAAUUGAACGUUCAGUUCGUUGGCGAUGCUAUUGAAUACAGGAAUUGGAAAAGGCAGGAAUUUGAUGGUAAUCAAACGCUGAGAUCUUGCUCGAAAUGUUCCUACAAAGAUAGAAUCACCCUUAUCAAUAAGGAAUACUUGAAAGGCGUUAUGUUAGAAGGAGAUGAAGAUAGCUAUAUUCUGUCUUUUCUCCCGCCUACCUUACAAUCCGUUUUCGAACAAUUAAACCAGGAUAUGUCCUACGAAGAAAUUUAUAGGGAAUGGGGUAACUUCCGGAGCGUUAAGUUCGUUCGCUAUUCUAGUAAACUGUUUUAUCCUGCAACGUUUUCGCAUUUAAAUUUUGCUUCCUGGUUACAAUCUUCCACCUAUUCGUCCAAUAGAACUUUUAAGGCGGACGAAAUGCAAGCCCUAAUCAACGUCUUAACUUCUUCCGUAUUAUUUAAUGAUUUCAAUCAAUUUUUGAGAUUGGUUCGGCAAACCGAUCAAAACAAUUCCACAGUUAUGGAGAGCUUGACCGAGUUUGUUAAUAGUAAAAGAUGGUUUUGCCAGCCAACAUGCUGGGAUUUAACAUCCGAUUUGUUGGUACCUUUAGCCGAUUACAUAAUACACUUGAUACAAUUUAUAAAACAUAGAGCUUUAAAUUUGACAAACCAAGGUAAAGUUAUUACACUUACUCAAUCCGAAUGGGUUAUUGGAAGAACAAUUCAUUGGAAAUUUGGUGGUGUUCAGUUAGUUAAUCUACCACAACGGAGGUUAAAGGGUAUAUUGAUGCAUGACGAAACUGCGGCCGAAGCGAUCGUUAAUGCCGAAUCAGUGCGCUUAUACUCCUGCUAUUCGCGUCAGACAGGAUCAAAAGCUCAUAUGUGGAGAUCAUUCAAUGGCCAAACACAAUCAAAUUCUUCCCAAUUCCCUCGUGCGACAAAUGAUCAGCGAGUCAUUGCUGCUUAUAUGGAUAGUGUUGAGCCGGUGGAAUUGACUACUUGUCAAGGAAGCUCUCCUCGAAUGCAGUUUUAUAAUUUCUUCUUUCCGGUCUACUGGCGUCGUCUACCCUUUGUCUGGAGUGGGAAAACGAAAGAUGUACGACGGGUGGAAGCUCACGUUUUAACUUUAAAUGAAUCAGCCUUAAAAAAGGCAAAAAACCCUUUUAUGAACGAAGAUUGUCUGCAGGAUAUGACGGGUACUUUGAAGUUUAAUAGUUGGCUUAGUUUACCUCACUUUCGUCUUUGUAGCGAAUCAUUGCAAACAUCUUUCAACGCUUCGCCAUUUAAAUACGAUUUACCAUGGAUAGUUAUUGAACCAACUUCUGGAGUCGUGUAUUCAUAUUCAAUUAGCCAUCAAUUAGUUAUACAGCACAAAAACUCUCGCCUACCUAUGUAUUGGAUAGACGAAAGAGCCGAAGUAUCCGAAUGGGUAGCAAAAAAUUUUAGAGAUAAUACAAGAAAAAUUUUACAAGCUUCAUGCGCAGGUUUAAUCUCAUUAUCUCUUUUAGCAGCCGCUACUAUUGUUUGCGGUAUCCUAGUCGGUACAAUAACUUUUAAGAAUGGUAAAGUACUCCCAAUACCUCCCAAUACGCCUACAUUUUAA